GUGUAGAAACCUCCUCGUCAGACCUGUGACUUCAGCACGACGAAAGCUGGAUCGGCGGGCGCAAAAAAAACUGCUGUGCUCUGCUUCCAUCACUUUCUCGCUCUUUAAAGCCUGAAGGAUCUCCAGCGGAGCUCUCACACACACAAACACUCACACACGAGGAGAACCCGCGAUGCUCCGUUCACUUCAACUCCUCGCGCCAAUGCAACUUCUGAACGCGCUCCACACACACACAUGACAGACAGCCUGUCAUGCUCGGACGCCUUCUGCAUUCACAAAAACAGUGUAUUCUUUGCGUGUGGAGAAGGACAGAAAUGCGCCGGGUGUCAGUGAAGAUCUUGGUUAAUCGAUUACUUGUCGAAUCAAUGAAUUAAGCAUACAGAAAAACUCAGAAGACGCGUAAUAAUAAUAAGCUCCAUGGCUUAUUUGUGUGCUGUCUGGAGCAUUCGUCUUUGACAAGCGAUUGGGAAAGAGCAGAAAACAAGUGGAAGGACUUUUCUUGUUUGUUUGGAGAGGAGCUGGUGUGGUGCGUCCGUGCGCGCAUUUUCAUUCUCCGGGACUUCCAUCCCCUGCGUUUUCGGAUAAAAUGAAAGUUUGGACUUUUCUCCAGUGUCUCGCCAUCCUGCUCGUCCUCCUGUGCGUGGGAUCGGAGUGCGGGACGGUCCUGAGAAACAGCCGAUCCAAACGCGAGCUGGUGAAGAUCAGAGAAGCCAAGCUGGUUUUCCCGGGGGCUUGUGGCACCAGGCUGCCCCGGGGCAAGCGCUCCCUGCCGGGGAUGGACCGCCGGAUCCCUCGCCAGCGCCGGCGCUCUUCUCCAACCGAGGAUGCGAGCUCUUCCCGGGGGAAAGCCGUGUAUUUUACGGGCAGGGGAGACCAGCUGAGACUCAAGCCUGGAGUGGAGAUACCAAAGGGCAAUUUCACCCUCCAGAUGUGGGUCAAGGCUGAGGGUGGCCAGCGGUCUCCUACUGUUAUAGCUGGUCUCUUCGACAAAUGCUUCUACGCCUCUAGUGAUCGUGGAUGGCUGUUGGGAAUUAAAUCCGUGAGUGAACAGGGAAACCGUGACCCACGUUUCUUCUUCUCGCUGAAAACGGAUCGAGCUCAUAAAGUUGCCUCCAUUCACUCCAAUGCCCGAUAUCUGCCCAAUCAUUGGGUUCACGUGGCCAUCACCUACAACGGCCUCUUCAUGAAGUUAUACAUCAACGGCGCUCAGACAGCCGUCAGCAGGGAGCAGUCAGGUGAUGUCUUCAGCCCGCUCACUAAAAAGUGUAAGGUGCUGAUGGUGGGUGGAAAUGCCUUGAAUCACAACUACCGAGGCUCCGUGGAACGUCUGGGCUUGUGGCGACAGGCUUUGUCCCAAAGGCAGAUCAUGAGGGACAUGCACGGACGUGAGGACCCAGAGGACCUGCUGGACUUGGUGAUCCGGGAAAGCUUCGAACAUCCAGCACGCAAAUGGCUUGCAGUAAAGGACGGAAGUUUCCCAAUUCCUGAUGAUGGUCCCCGUGCUGGACUAGGCUCUUUAGACAUCACUCUGGAGCCUCCAGCUUGUGGACAAACAGUGUGCGAUAAUACUGAAGUGGCGCGCAACUAUAAUCACUUCUGGAGCUUUCGCCAACCCAAAACCGUUCGAUAUCGCGUCGUGAACGUGUUUGACGACUUUCAGCGUAAACCUACAGUAACCGAUCAACAGAUUCACCUGCAGCAUCAGCAUCUGAACGAAGCCUUUAGCAUGUACAACAUCAGCUGGGAGCUGACCGUACACAACGUCAGCAAUUCCUCAUUGUACAACCGACUGGUCCUCGCCAACUGUGAUAUAAGCAAGGUUGGCGAUGACGAUUGCGAUCCUGAGUGCAAUCACACGCUUACCGGAUUUGAUGCGGGAUUCUGCAAACCCAGGCCUGAAAAACACAGGACUGAAUGUCCUGAGCGGAAACAAGGAAACGGUGUCUGCGAUCCGGAGUGCAACUGUGAGAACUACAAUUACGAUAACGGUGAUUGCUGCAACUCCAGCGUCACCGAUGUGACCAAAACCUGCUUCAAUCCCACUUCUCACUUAAGGGCCUAUCUGGAUGUGAAGGAGCUAAAAGAGAUCCUCAAGCUGGACGGUUCCACACACCUCAAUAUCUUCUUCGCCAAUUCCUCCGAUGAAGAUCUGGCUGGAGUCGCCACCUGGCCGUGGGAUAAGGACGCGCUGGCACAUCUCGGUGGUAUAGUUCUGAAUCCAUCUUUCUAUGGGACGUUUGGCCACACGCACACCAUGAUCCAUGAGAUCGGCCACAGUCUGGGACUGUACCACGUGUUCAGGGGGAUCUCAGAGAUCGAGUCCUGCAACGAUGCAUGUUUAGAGACUGAGCCCUCGCUGGAAACUGGAGAUCUGUGUGCCGAUACCAACCCAACACCCAAAUACAAGCUCUGCAAGGACCCUGAGCCUGUCAAUGAAACAUGUGGGAACCGCAACUUUGUUCACACGCCCUUUAAUAAUUACAUGAGUUAUGCAGAGGACGACUGCACGGACUCCUUCACGCUUAAUCAGGUGGCUCGAAUGCAUUGCUAUUUGGAUCUUAUUUACCAAACCUGGCAACCCAACUAUCGUCCCCCUCCUGUCCCGAUGGCACCCCAAGUGGUGGAACAAGAUCACAGCUCCAUUUCAAUUGAGUGGUUUCCUCCCAUCUCAGGCCACUUCUAUGACAGAGAAGUGGGAUCAGUAUGUGAUAAAUGUGCCGAGGGUCGUAUUCUCCUUCAAUAUGCGUCCAACUCUUCAUCCCCGCGGCCCUGCUCCCCAUCCGGACACUGGAGUCCGAGAGAAGCAGAGGGACCCCCAGAUGUGGAGCAGGUAUGCGAGCCAAGCGUCCACACUUGGAGUCCUCAUAAUGGGAUGGAUCUGGGUUUGGUUCCUCCACCAUGCCCUCUGCAAGGCUGCAUGCUUCAGCUGGAGUUUGCAUAUCCGGUGGUCCCCGAUUCCCUCACAGUAUGGGUCACUUUCUCCUCCCAGGAUGAAACGGUUCUUCCAGCAAUCCACAAUAUCAUCCUGUUGACCGUCGGCGGAAACAACCUGUCUCUGGGUCCCAGCAAUUUAUUCUGCGACACCCCGUUGACCAUUAAACUGGAUGUGCAGGAGAAGGUGUACGGCGUGCAGUUUUACACCAUGGAGCAACAUUUGGAAAUCGACGCUACUUUGUUAACGUCCAAACCUGACUGUCCGCUCUGUGGAGAUUGUGAGCCAUUGCAUUUUCGGCUACUUCGGCAGCCACCAUUCAGCAACAAUAAAGAGGGCGUCAUGCUGAGCGACUCUACUAGAAGAUACACAGACAGGGACGUGGAGUAUGGUGGGAUUUACACCUAUCAGGUCCAGACCGUCUCCAGUCACAGUGAAAGUGAGCCGUCGCCUCCGUUCACACACCGCAUCGGAGCGCCGUACUGUGGAGACGGCUUUAUCCAAAGGUCUCUGGGUGAGGAAUGUGACGAUAUGAACGCUAUGAAUGGAGACGGUUGCUCCAGCCACUGUAAGAAGGAGCCGUUCUUCAACUGCAUUGAUGAACCCAGCAUGUGCUACUAUUAUGACGGCGACGGUGUGUGUGAAGACUUCGAGCGGGAGACCAGUGUGAAGGAUUGUGGUUUGUACACACCAAAUGGUUUUCUGGACCAGUGGGCCACCAUAGUGGAAGUGUCCCAUGAAGAGCGCCUGUAUUGCCCGGCUGACGUGGCUGCUGGAUAUCCUGCUAUUACUAAGACGUGCCAGUCUAAGGUGUUCGACUUGUCUGAUGGAGUGUCUCAAUAUGCCUGGUUUCCAUGUCGAGAGGCUCACAGUGUUCCCUGGUAUCCCCCGUAUUGGUUGAAGGCUUAUUUCUCUCAUCCUAUGGUUGCUGCUGCCGUUAUCAUCCAUUUGGCUGCAGAUGGAACCAGCUACAUGGACCAAACCCAGUGCAACAUCACAGUUCAGCUGAUCGACACCAAAGAGGCCAUCCACAGUUUAGGUGACUGGCGUUUGAGCUGCCGCACCAAUCCUCUGGUCAUCCCAGUGAGCCACGACUUGAGCAUGGCCUUCUACCACACCAAAGCCAUUCUCCUCAUGUUUCGCUCCGAAUUCGUGGCCAUUUCUGGGGUUGGCCUGCGCUCCUUUCAGUUCUUCGACCCGAUCACCAUCAGCGGCUGUCAGAGCAAUGAGAUAUACAACCCUAUGGGCCAGAGCUGUGUUCAUUACUCCUGUGAAGCCAUCGACUGUCAGGAGCCGCUGAUCCGAAACGCAGAAGUUGAAUGCAGUGACGGCGGAUACUUUAAUGGCGCUCGCUGUACUGUCGUCUGCAACUGCGGAUACGUCCUGCAGAUACACCGAGACGACGAUAUCAUCAAGAGCCAGACGGACUCGAGCGUGACCAUCACCUGCGCGGACAGGAAGUGGAAUAAGCAGGUUUCCUGUGAGCCGGUCGACUGUGGGCUCCCUGAUAAAUACCACGUUCACCCGGCAAUCUUUGAUUUCCCAGAAGGCACCACUUAUGGGAAGAAGAGCACGUUUCAGUGUAAAGAGCCCGCGCAGCUCGUGGGCACUAAUAACACUCUGACCUGUAUGGAGGACGGCCUGUGGUCCUUUCCGGAGGCAUUAUGUGAGCUCCGCUGUCCCGCUCCUCCUCCCGUCCCAAACGCCGUCCUGCAGACCAAACGCUGCAACGACACCGGACUCAAAGUAGGAACGCUCUGCAAAUACAAGUGCAAACCUGGAUACCACGUGGCCAACAAGCCAAAGAGGAGGGCGUUCAAGCGUCAGUGCACAGAGGACGGGCGCUGGCUGCAGGGCUCAUGUGAAGCCGUCACCUGUCCCGCUCCUCCGUCCGUCUAUUAUGGGAUGUAUCAGUGCACAGACGGCUUCAGGUUCGACAGCACCUGCUGGAUCGACUGCGACGGAGCCAAUCACACACUCACACAACCUCCACCAUGCAAACAGGGUGCGGGCUCUAAUGUGAUCCGCUGCAGAAAAGAUGGCAACUGGACUGGAAGUUUCCGCCUGUGUCCUCAACUGAAGGGCCAGUGCUCUCUACCUCAAAACCUGCAUCCCAGCAUCCGCGUCAGCUGCAAGAAGGGACACGGCAUAGGUGAAGAGUGCGAGUUGUCCUGCAGGGACAGCAAUAAUGAUGUGGUCAUUCUGCCGGGUAACAUGACCACCGGCAGCAUCAUGAGGCAUCACUGGAUGAACCCUCCCAAAGUCAAGCACAUAGUCUGCACCAUGGGCCUGAAGUGGUAUCCUCAUCCGGAGGUCCUGCACUGCAUAAAGGGAUGUGAGCCUUUCAUGGGUGAUAAUUACUGUGACGCCAUCAAUAACAGAGCCUACUGCAACUAUGAUGGAGGAGACUGCUGCCAUUCUACCGUCAAGACCAAGAAGGUGAUCCCGUUCCCCAUGUCUUGUGAUAUCCGAAGAGAGUGCGCUUGCCGGGACCCCAAUGCUUUGGAGAACCGAAAAGAUGAGCAUUUACACUCUCUUGGUUAAAGUGCUCCAACCACACACACACAUACACACACAUUUGUGCACAGACUGGGACAGGGUGAGAUAAAAAAAGUCCCAGAAUCGCUGCUUCUUCACAGUUGUACCUCUCCUCUUAUAACUCUUCAUCCUUUCCAAGUUCUACCUGCUAAAACCGUACGUCUGGAAAGAGAUCCCAAUGCCAUAACCCAAGAAAAGGACCAAAUCCGGCUUGUGUGCACCUUCAAAAAAAAUACACAGAAAUGAAAGAAAGCAUGCUCGCAAUUCAACCAGGAUCAAAACAAAAACGCAAGAGCUUUCGAUAAUGUUGGAUUUGACCAAAAACCUCUCUAAAGAAGAAGAACUUUCCACCAAAACACACUCUUUGAACUAUUUAUUGUAUGUUUUCAACCCCUGGAAGACUGAUUGAGUCUUGAAACGAGGCUGGAAUAGUGAUACGUUGGCAGAAAUCCUUCGAACGGCUGCACGCUCUUUAUGUUCUGUUUAUAACCUGAUUGUGAUCCGAUUCAAAUCGCACGCCGAUAGAUCUGUGCGUGAUCGUGGUGAAAAUGGACUGGCUUUGUUUUUAGCAUGGCGUGCUGCUGUUGUUGUCGCUGCUACGAUUGCUGCUAAUUAGUCAAACAACAGACAACAGGAAUCUGCAAGCCGUGAUUUUAGCGUGUCGUCAGUCUGCCUUAACACUUACCUCUGAUCAAUAGAACCGUCGAUAAACCUCCCGCUACAGUGCUGAAUGCAAAACACACACAGAUUCCUGAAUGUAGAGUAACACUUAAUAAUAUCUGCACACUAUGAACCAAUCAUUAAGCAUUAGGAAUAUAGCUAAUUCAUCAAUUUGUGAAGCAUUGAAGAUCUUUGCACACUUUUUUUUUUGUGUGUUCAUACGCGAAGGAAUUCGUUGAGUAAACAAACCGUGCACACCGAGUCUGAUGCAUAUUAUUAAUACAUAUUCUCUAAAGUAGAGACAGAAGAGGAACAGGCAACGUAUUGUGUUCAUCCAAUACUGCAUAGAGAGAAAGGAGAGUUCAGCUCAUUAUCAAAGAGCUCCGCUAUGAUUAUCCCCAAAUGUAACGUUUAUUUCAGGAAGUUGGUGGAAUUUUGAUGCAUUGCUUGUGAUACUUCUCACAUUCACGUAUGUACACAAAUCCUGAACAGAGACUGGCAGUACCUAUAGACAUUAUAAUAGAUGGCGAAUGCAUUAACGUGUCGAAGCAACAGACCGAAAGCCGACACACAAAGUGGACUAUUAUAAUGUCUAUGUGCAUCAGAUGUAUAGACACACACACACACACACACACACACCAAACAGAAGUGCGUCAGUCACUAAAUCCAGCAUAGAGGGCUUCAAAAUUGUCCGUCACAUUCUGUCAUUGAUUAUACACACUGUGUUUGAGUUAUCUGAAGCUCAAACGACGGCAUUCUGUAUUUAGUUAUUCAUGUGUAUAGUGGCUCUGAACUGGUAAAACACCUCUCGAAAAGGGCUUUUUUGGAUGUGGAAAGCUUUUUUUUAUGUUAGACGAAUGUUUUGGAGGCGGAUACAGAUCACACAAUGUGAUUUCGAAUUUAUUUUAUAAUGUGCGAAAAUUACGGAUGAAAAUUUCAGAUUCAGUGUGCAAUAACUUUAACUCUACGUUAUUAGAGAUUAGUAAGCAGUUUAUAAAUAGAGCUGCAAGUGCUGUCAUCUUGGCUUAUAAGCACAUGUACAGUGCCUCCGGAAAGUAUUGAUAGCGCUUCACUUUU